CAUGGAUUUAUUGAGAAGUUUUACUUUUUUACAUUUUCCCUGGAGUAUUUUGUUUAUUUGCUUCUACUGAUGCUCUCAUUCAUACCAGAACCUAAAUCAAGCGAUGACUACCUUAAACACAAGCCUUCACCUGAAGAAUCGGCAUCAUUCUUCUCCUCUGUGACAUGGUGGUGGCUCAAAUCACUAAUGUGGAAGGGAUCACGUAGAGUGCUAUCUCAUGAUGAUCUUUAUGAUAUUAACUAUGAGGAUAAAUCUGAAGUGACUUCUAUCAGGUUUCAAAAGGAAUGGGAUAAAGAAGUGAAGAGAUCAGGGUUAGUAUUUGUUCAAGGACAAUCAAAUAAACAAUCACAGAAAAGAAGAGAACCAUCUCUAGUACUUGCAUUAUUCAGAGCUUAUGGAUUAGACAUUAUUACUGGUGGAUUCUACAAACUAUGCUAUGACAUACUCAUCUUUGUCAAUCCUUUAAUACUUAGAUUGAUGAUAGCGUAUAUUCAUGACAAGAAGGAGCAGGCUUGGAACGGAUACUUCUAUGCAGUGACAAUGUUUUUUGUUGCACUGCUACUCUCACUCGUUUAUCAGCAGUACUUUAACUCUACCUCAACCACAGGAAUGAGAAUAAGGACAAGUCUGAUAUGUGCAAUUUAUAAGAAA